UACAGAUCAAUAUACGGCCCUACAGCUACCCAUGCAUAUUACGAACCCACCCCCACUCACCAUUUUCUCCUGCAAAACACACCACUACUUCAUUUUCGAGCUCAGGAAAAGAAGAUAAGUACAGACAAGAAAAGCACACACUGAGUGUUUAUUGUCUGCAAGAUAAACCCUACCGAGGUGUUGUUGUUCUUAAUUUUAUUAUCGUUUCCAGAAAUUGUUUUUGGUUGCUUCUUUUUUGUCAAUCUACUGAUUUUUAGUAGGAUCAUUCUUUUUGCUUCUCAAUUUUGCGGAUAAAUAGAAGUUUUGUUAAUUUCUUGUUGAUGAUGCUACACUUUUGAUUACAGAAUUAUCCGAUUUUACUUUUAUAUAAUUUGUGGGGUUUUCAAGAUCUUGUAUAUAUCCCCGUAUGUUCUACAAAUUUGCUUUAAAUUUAAUUCAUGGAGUAAAGCUUAAACUUUAUGUUGUAACCAUUUUUCUUGAAAACACAAGAACCGUUGUUUAGAUAACAAAAACAUGUUGCACACAAAAUCCGAGUCUGAUAUCACCAGUUUAGCCCCGUCAUCACCUUCAAGAUCACCAAAACGGCCGGUUUACUUCGUUCAGAGCCCUUCAAGAGACUCUCAAGAUGGUGAUAAAUCAUCAUCAAUACAAGCUACACCUAAUUUCAGGAGUCCAAUGGAGUCCCCUUCACACCCUUCUAUGGGUCGUCACUCCAGGAACUCAUCAUCCAGUCGGUUUUCUGGGAUUUUCCGGUCACAUUCCGGGAGGAAAGUUCACCGGAAAAGAAACGACAAGGGGUGGCCGGAGUGUAAUGUGAUUGUAGAAGAAGGGAAGUAUGAUGAAUAUGACGAUGAAAAGAGGUUAACCAGAAGAUUACAGGCUUUAUUGGCUCUCUUGAGUUUUAUCGUCUUGUUCACUAUCUUAUGCUUGAUUAUAUGGGGUGCUGCCAGACCUUUUAAACCUGAAAUCACUGUUAAGAGUUUGGCUGUGAAUAGCCUCUAUAUAGGUCAGGGUUCAGACUCAUCUGGGGUCAUAACCAAGAUGCUGACCAUCAAUAGUUCAUUGCGACUUGGUGUUCAUAAUCCAGCUACAUUCUUUGGCGUCCAUGUUAGCUCUAAUGCAGUGAACCUAGUCUAUUCAGACAUUGUGAUUGUAACUGGUCAGUUGAAGAAGUAUUAUCAACAAAGAAAGAGUCGAAGAACAGCCAUUGUGAACUUGGAAGCAACCAAAGUGCCCUUGUAUGGUGCAGGUUCGAGUCUAGUGGUUUCUGAUGCUGGAGUUUUUGAAAUACCAUUAAAAUUAGAGUUUGAGGUUCGAUCAAAAGGUGAAGUCGUUGGUAAAUUGGUGACAACUAAGCAUACAAGUCAAAUUUCUUGCAAUAUAACGUUGAAAUCGAAUACAAUCAAACCAAUCAGAUUCAGAAAAGAUUCUUGCAUCCUCAGAUGAAUAAUCCUCUCAAGAAUAAAUUUGUUUCCAAUAUUUAUUUGUAUAAAUGGUGUGAAUUUUGAUCGGAUAUGUGUUAUUUACCCUUGAAAAUGAAUCAUUAAAUGCGUCUGAAUUCCUGGAGUCAAGACUGGCCAUAUUUAGUAAUGUUGAAAAAUGUAUAAAUUUGGUUGGUGUGAUAAUAAAUUGUCUUUAGUGCA